GGAGGCCGUUCAGACUCGAUUCAUAGGACUAAGGAGCCGCAAUCCCGCACUCCGGCGCGCCGAUCUACAGUACCUUACGCAGUGUAACACGGGAUACUACAUUACUCAAGUCAGGCGAUUGUGGCGCCACCGAGCGCCUUUGCUUCCGGACACCAGCGAAUGAACUGAAACCGGUUGCCAGUUUUCGUCGGUUGUCGAGAUGCCUUUGUCGGGGUCCACUGCCGGUUGACAAAUUGAGUCGGGGACCCGCAGAUUAGCGCAAUGGCGUGCUGGUGCACGGUUCACAAAGCACACAAAGCGCUCCUUUCUAAGCCCCUGUCUUUUACGGUUUCCUCACCACCAGGACUUCUCUCUCAAGUCUCAACAGUGGGGGUUUCCGGCUGUCAGCUUUCAUUCACUCACUUAUUCUCUCACCGUACCCGUCAUGGCCUCCAGUAGACUCCUCACCACCCAGGCGGUUAGCGCUGCGGCAGCCGCCAGACACUCAUUCAACAAACAGGCGCCCGCCGCAUAUCGGACGUUUGCCUCCGUCUCAGAUGUCCCAGUCAGCCCAGCGCGCAAUCACAAAGUGGUCGUUGUGGGCGGAGGGUCGGCCGGCUUAACCAUCAGCCACCAGCUCCUGCGGACAGGCAAGUUCUCCCAAGACGACAUCGCCAUCGUCGACCCAGCAGAAUUCCACCACUACCAACCGGGCUGGACACUUGUGGGCGGCGGCCUGAAGAACAAAGAUGAGCUGAAGCGCCCGCUCUCGUCACUGGUCGACCCCAAACUCAAACUGUAUCCCGACUCUCUCGCCACCUUCUCUCCCCAGGACAACAGCGUCACCCUCGGCAGCGGGGCCAAGCUGACCUACGAGCAGCUGGUCGUGGCGCCGGGGAUCAAGGUCGACCUCUCCAGCAUCAAGGGCUUGCCAGAGGCAGCGGCCAACCCGGAGUCCAAUGUAUCGUCCAUCUACACUUUCGAGACGGUCGACAAGGUCUUCAAGACGAUCCAGCGCCUGCGCGGGGGACAGGCCAUCUUCACGCAGCCGGCCGGUGUGAUCAAGUGCGCGGGUGCGCCGCAGAAGGUCAUGUGGCUCGCGCUGGACCACUGGAAGCGCGCCGGUCUGUACCAGGCCAAGAGCGAGAGCUCGGCGGUCAAGAUCGCCUUCGCGACCGGCCUGCCGGCGAUGUUCGGCGUGCCCAAGUACAGCGCCGCGCUGGAGGCUCUGCGGCAGGAGCGCGGCGUGGAGGGCCUGUUCACGCACGACUUGGUCGAGGUCGACGGCAACACGGCCGUGUUUGCGCGCCCCGACGGGAAGGAGCAGGUCAGGAGGACGUUCGACCUGCUGCACGUGGUGCCCAAGAUGGGCCCGCACGCGUUCGUCAAGAACAGCCCUCUCGCGAACGAGGCCGGAUACGUGGAUGUCGAUGAUGCGACGCUGCGGCACAAGAAGUAUGGGAAUGUGUGGUCGGCGGGCGAUGCUAGCAGCUUGCCCACGUCCAAGACGGCAGCGGCGAUCACGUCUGAGGCGCCCGUGCUCGUGAAGAAUCUGAUGCGGGUGAUGGAGGGCAACGAGAAGGUGGAGGCUGGGUAUGACGGGUAUACUUCCUGCCCGCUGCUGACCGAGUAUGGGAAGGUGAUGCUGGCCGAGUUCAAGUACGGCGGCGUACCGAAGGAGACUUUCAACGUGAUCGGGUGGGACCAGGCGACGCCGAGACGCGCCUUCUAUCACUUGAAGAAGGACUUCUUUCCCUGGGUGUACUAUAAGUCGAUGGUCAAGGGCACCUGGGGCGGGCCCAAUGGGUGGAUCAACUAAAUUUCGAAAGAGGGAUCGGGCAUCCCAGUCUUCAAAGCCUUCCAUUCCCAAAGCAGUCUUCGUUGUGAAGCUCCCUUUGAUGCGUUCGUUACGGCCUGGUGAUCAAGCGCCUCGUACGUUCGAAGUUGUCAUC